AUGGCAGCGGUUGAGGUUUUGUUGUACGGAAGCGAUUGUGGAUUGAAUACGACCUUUCCUUGGACGAUUGGAUGGGAUGAGGGGGAUAUUCGCAUAAGGCUGAGAUUCAUUGCAAAGGCUUGGGAGGCUUCGCAGACACAGACAGAUAUAUGGCAUUCGGGAUUGGACGAGAACCUCCAUCCGAUACAAGCCAGUUCCCGCAGGCGAAGAAACGAAAGAUUGAGAAUCGCAACCUUGCUACCAAGGUGGCAUUGUCAUGGAUCUGCACAAGGCGACGAAGAGAAUACAGUAGACCUACAUGGUACUACUUCACUCGCCAAAUCACAGUCGCAAGACUAUAUCAAACACCCCGCUACCCCUAUAACCUCGCGAGAAAGAAUUCUUGAACCAUUGCCAUUCGACGAUCCUAGAUUAAACCCCUCUGUCGAUUUCAACUUCCAAGAUGGAUUUAAGGUGGCUGCGAAGGGUAAUAAGAAGAAGAAUGCAAAGAACAAUGCGCCAGUAUACAAAUCCAAGGACGACGAUGGAGAUGAUGGUAUGAAGAAGAAUGAUAAUGAUGGUAAUAAUGGCGAUGCUGGAGCUAAUGGGAGUGGUUCUGGCAAUGGGAGAGAUGACAGAAAGGAGGAGGAGAGAAGAGAAGAGGAAAGGCGAGAGGAAGAGAGAAAAGAGGAGGAACGAAAAGAGGAAGAGAGGAAAGAAGAGGAGAGGUUAGAGGCAGAGAGGAUAGAAGAGGAGAAAAGAGAAGAAGAAGAGAGGAGAGAGCAGGAGAGAGAGGAAGCAAAGAAGGUUGCUGAGCGGGCCACCAAAAACAUACCGGACAGCUACACUAUAACGGCUAAGAAAGAGAAGAAGAAGAAAAAGGGAAGAAAUGCCGAGCCGGAACCAGACCCUCUUCCACCUCCGCCCCCUCCCGCUCCCGAGAUAAAGAUUGCUGAAACGUUUGACGACAUCAGAUUGGAUGAUAAACCAAAGCCCGACCUGAAUGUAGACUCUGGUGGAAGUACUGUAAGCCCAAAAUUACCCGGCGUUCUAGGUGGCUGGGGCAGUAGUUGGAUUACUGGUGUGUCUAAAUGGGGUAUUGGAAGCGCAACAAGCGCAAGGACACCAUCUCCAGUGAACAAGGCCACCGCGGAUGCCAACAAUCCUUGGAGUAAUGAACGUGGUAAGCCCGAAAAUCAAGGCCUGGGAUUUACAUUCGGUGCCCUUGGCCAGGAGGAAACUAAACGCAGCUUAACAGAUUCCCGAAAAAUCGAAAAGAAGCCCGAGCCAAAGCCUGAACUAAAGCCAGACCCUAUUCCAGAAGAAGAUCUUGGGUUUAACAUCGGUCUUUCCAAGAAAGAAGAGAAGAAGAAGAAAAGUAGAGGCACCGUAGCUUCUGCGAUAAAUAGGUUUGAAGUGGCCCCCAAAGAAGAACCCAAAGUGGAGCCCCCAAAACCCAUCAAUAUUCCUGCCUCGGACGACGCUGCUUGGGAUGCUUGGGGUGCUACAAGCAAAAAGAUGAAAGGUAAAGCAGCCAAUGAACCCCCAAAAAUGGAAGCCGUAGUCGAGCCUGUUGUGAAGCCUCUCGUAGAACCUAUUGUAGAGGAGAAAUCACCUACUCCCCCUCCUGAGCCUGCCCUUGUGGAAGAAGCCUCAAAGUCUGGAACAAUAUCCAAGAAGACCAAAAAGAUAAAGGAAAAACUUGCUGAAACAUCAAAACCAGAAGACUCGCCUCCACCGGAUCCUAUACCCGAGCACGAAAAAGACCUAGAGCCUGAUCCUGUUCGUGAAUGGGCGGAAGAGGAAGAAUCCAUCUCUGCUUGGGGCAAUACCAAAUCGGGUAAGAAAAAAAAGGGGAAGAAUGCAAUUAUUGACGAACUGCCAAAAGUAGAAGAACCACCGCCAGUCAUUGAACCACCGGAGCCCGAACCUGUAAUUGAGGACAACAAAGAAGAAGAAGAAGAAAAAGAAGAAGAGGGUGGCUGGGGAUGGGGACUUAGUAAAAAGGAAAAGAAGAAGAAGAAGAAAACUACGGAAGAGUCGCUUCCUCCCUCAGAGCCCGCAAGAGAACCCACACCAGAACCCGAACCCGAACCUGUACCGGAACCGGUAAUCGAACCACCACAACCCGAACCGAAUUGGGGAGCCAAGGUGUCCAAGAAAGAAAAGAAGAGGAAAGGUAAGAACGCUGUUGUGGAACCUGAAGUUGUGAGGGCACCGACACCGCCGCCGCCUGAACCUGAACCAGAGUUAGAACAAGAUGAACCUGCAGAGGAAACUCAAGCAUGGGACUCAUGGGGACCUGGUAGUUCUACAAAGGACAAGAAAAAGAAAUCCAAGGAGGAGAAUUUGCCAACUGCUCCAGCGAAUGGUGGCUUUGAUUGGGGGUUUGAUAACAAAGAAAAAGAUGAGGAGCCACUUGAAGAAGAAUUCCAAGAUCCAGAACCCGAACCGGCCCCGAAAUCUGUUGAAUCUGUAGGUAUUUGGGGUGCUCUUACCUCGAGCAAAAAGAAAGAUAAAACCUCGAGCAAAGAGAAGGACAGGAUCUCUAGCAAGGACAAAGACAGGAAGAAGAGCAAGAAGAGCUCUGAGGAACCCAGAAUCAUUGAUGACUAUGACGAGCCUAUACCCGCACCGGCUCCUGACCCACCUCCAGCUGUUAUGGAUGAUUUCAGCUGGGGAUUUGCUUCUACUUCCAAGAGAGACAAAAAGAAGGGGAGCAAAAAUAAAGAGCCUUCGCCUGAGCCUGAGAAUAAGCCGAUAUAUGAAGCCAUAGAACCUGCAAACCAUGAUGAUGACUGGAUGAAUUGGGGACAAAAUACCAAGAGUAAAGAAGAAUCUCUACUCCCUGUCGACGAGUUUGAUGAGCCCAUGUCACCUCCACCGGUACCAGACGCCCCACCUGCUGUUGAUGAUUUCAUGGGAUGGGGCUCUUCUUCGAAAGACAAGAAGAAGAAAAAGAACCUUAUUGAAGAACCUCCCAAAGCUGAAUCAUUCAAGGACUCUAAAUUCGAUGACUUUUUUAGUCCGGUUUCAUCUAAACCAGCAGUUAAACUCACCAAAAAAGAACAGAAGGAUGCGGAUAAAGCUAGAAGGAAAGCUGAAAAAGAGGAAGCUGAACGAAAAUUGAUAGAAGAGAAAGAGGAAGCAGCUAGAUUGAAAGCUGAGGAACAAGAGAGACUUGAAGCCGAGGAGCAAGAGAGACUUGAGCAAGAAAGACUCGAGGCCGAAGAGCGAGAAAGGGUCGAAGCGGAAGAGAAAGCGAAGGCCGAAAAAUCCGAAUCCGAAUCCGAACCAGAGCCUCCCAAAAACGAUUGGAGUUCAAUAUGGGGUCUUGCCUCAGGUAGUAAACCAGACAAAAAGAGUGAGAAGAAGAGCAAGAAAAAGAAUAUCCUUGAGAUUGAAGCUCCUCCUCCAGCCCCAACACCCCCAGCAGAACCCGAAACAGAUAACCUGUGGGGCUUUGGAUCUUCAUCAAAGAAAUCCAAAUCCAAGGAGAAAGAAUCCCCACCUGUCAAACUCAGCAAGAAGGAACAGAAAGAAGCUGACAAGGCAGCCGAGAAAGCCAGAAAAAAGGCUGAAAAGGAAGAGGCUGAAAGGAAAUUGAAAGAAGAGCAGGAAGAGGCAGAUAGGUUGAAAGCUGAAGAGCAAGAGAGACUCGAAGCCGAGGAGCAAGAACGAAUCGAAGCUGAAGAGCAAGCGAGACAGAAGAGGCUGAAGCAGCCAAACCGAAAGUCAAAUUGA